AGUCAUCAAACAGACCUGGCCUCCAUAUUCAGUGUAUGUGGUCCUGUUAUGUACAUUUGUUUUUGUUUACCUCAAGUAAAGUUGAUCUGUCAAUCAUUCAUUAAUGUGUUAAUGAGAAAGCAUUUAUUCUCUUGCUUAACUCAUUUACUGAAUUUAUUCCAGAUGCUUGAAGAGAAAAUGAUGACAUUUGUGAAGAAUGAGCUGAAGAUGUUCAAGAGGAUUCUUAGUCCAGAACUCCCAGAUGGCUUUGAGAGUCAGAAGCAGGAUAAGGAAAGCAGUGCCAGAGAGGGGGCUCUGAAGAUCACACUGCACAUCCUGAGGAAAAUGAACCAGAAGGAGCUUGCUGACACACUGGAGAAAUAUGAUCUUGCUGUGAUUUGCCAACGUGAACUCAAAUCUAAUCUAAAGAAGAAGUUUCAAUGUGUAUUUGAGGGGAUCGCUAAACAAGGAAACCCAACACUUCUCAAUAAGAUCUACACAGAGCUCUACAUCACAGAGGGUGGAACAGGAGAGGUCAAUAAUGAACAUGAGCUGAGACAGAUUGAGACAACAACCAGGAAACAAGCAAGACCAGAGACUGCAAUCAAAUGUAACGACAUCUUCAAACCCUUAACUGGACAAGAUAAACCUAUCAGAACUGUGCUGACAAAGGGAGUCGCUGGCAUUGGAAAAACAGUCUCUGUGCAGAAGUUCAUUCUGGACUGGGCUGAAGGAAAAGCAAAUCAGGAUGUCCAAUUUGUAUUUUCAUUCCCUUUUCGGGAGCUGAAUUUGAUGAAAGAGGACAAACACACUUUCAUUGAACUUCUUAAUCACUUCUCAAUGGAAACCAAACAAUCAGGAAUCUCCAUCUACAACAAGUACAAAGUUCUGUUCAUCUUUGAUGGUCUGGAUGAGUGCCGACUGCCCCUAGACUUCCAGAAGAACAAGAUCUGUUGGGACGUCACAGAGUCAACCUCAGUGGAUGUUCUGCUGACAAAUCUCAUCAAGGGAAAUCUGCUUCCCUCUGCUCUCCUCUGGAUAACUACCCGACCUGCAGCAGCCAAUAAGAUCCCUUCAUCGUGUGUUGACCAGGUAACAGAGGUACGAGGGUUCAAUGACCCACAGAAGGAGGAGUACUUCAGGAAGAGAUUCAGUGAUGAGGACCUGGCCAGCAGAAUCAUCUCACACAUAAAGACAUCAAGGAGCCUCCACAUCAUGUGCCACAUUCCAGUCUUCUGUUGGAUUUCUGCAACAGUCCUUGAACACAUGCUGAAACAGAAGAGAGAAGAGAUGCCCAAGACACUGACUGAGAUGUACACACACCUUGUGGUGUUUCAUACCAAACAGAAGAAUGAAAAGUAUCUUGGGAAAGAAGAGACAGGUCCACACUGGAAUAAAAAGAGCAUUCUGUCACUGGGAAAACUGGCUUUUCAACAGCUUGUGAAAGGCAAUCUGAUUUUCUAUGAAGAAGACCUGAAAGAGGCUGGCAUUGAUGUCAAUGAAGCCUCAGUGUACUCAGGAUUGUGCACACAGCUCUUUAAAGAGGAAUGUGGGCUGUACCAGGACAAGGUGUACUGCUUUGUUCAUCUGAGCAUUCAGGAGUUUCUGGCUGCUGUAUAUGUGAACUUUUUCUUGAGGAUUAAACAAAGGCCUAAAGUUACUGUCUACAAGAGUGCUGUGGAUAAAGCCUUACAAAGUGAGACGGGAAACCUGGACCUUUUCCUCCGCUUCCUUCUGGGCCUCUCACUGGAGUCCAAUCAGAAGCACUUACGAGGUCUACUGACAAAGACAAGAAGCAGCUCACAGAGCGAUGAAGAAACAGUCAAGUACAUCAAGGAGAAGAUCAGGGAGAAUCUCUCUCCAGAGAGGAGCAUCAAUCUGUUCCACUGUCUGAAUGAACUGAAUGACCAUUCUCUAGUGGAGGAGAUCCAAAGAUACCUGAGAUCAGGAAGUCUCUCAAAACCCAAACUGUCACCUGCACAGUGGUCAGCUCUGGUCUUUGUGUUGCUGACUUCAGAAAAGGAGCUGGAUGUGUUUGACCUGAAGAAAUACUCCAGAUCAGAGGAAGGUCUUCUGAGGCUGCUGCCAGUGGUCAAAGCCUCCAGAGCUGCUCUGCUGUCAGGCUGUCUAGUCACAGAGGAAGGCUGUGCUUCUCUGGUCUCAGCUCUGAGGUCAAACCCCUCACACCUGAGAGAGCUGGAUCUGAGUAACAAUGACCUGAAGGAUUCAGGAGUGAAGCUGCUCUCUGCUGGACUGGGGAAUCCCCACUGUAAACUGGAGACUCUGAGGUUGUCAGGCUGUCUAGUCACAGAGGAAGGCUGUGCUUCUCUGGUCUCAGCUCUGAGGUCAAACCCCUCACACCUGAGAGAGCUGGACCUGAGCUACAAUCACCCAGGAGACUCAGGAGUCAGACUGCUCUCUGCUGGACUGGAGGAUCCACACUGCAGACUGGAGAAACUCAAUGUGGAACAUGGUGGAGAGUACAAUAUGAAACCUGGGCCUAGAAAAUAUGUCUGUGAUCUCACACUGGACCUAAAUACAGUAAACAGACUCCUCUCUCUGUCUGAGGAGAACAGAAAGGUGACAUGUAGGAGAGAGGAGCAGCCGUAUCCUGAUCACCCAGAGAGAUUUGAGGACUGUAGACAGGUGCUGUGUAGAGAGGGUCUGACUGGGCGCUGUUACUGGGAGGUAGAGCGGAGUGGGAGAAGGGUUGAUAUAGGAGUGACAUAUAAAGGAAUCAGCAGGAAAGGAAGGGCUAAUGACUUUUGUCUUGGAUACAAUGACACGUCCUGGACUCUUUUCUGCUAUGACAACAGUUACAUUGCCUGUCACAAUAAUAAUCCCAUUGCCAUAGACGUCCGCCCCUCCAGCUUCCACAGAGUAGGAGUGUAUCUGGACUGGCCAGCCGGCACUUUGUCCUUCUACAGAGUCUCCUCUGACACACUGACCCACCUGUACACAUUCACCUCCACAUUCACUGAGCCCCUCUAUCCAGGGUUUAGGGUUUGGUAUGAAGACUCCUCAGUGUCCCUUUGUCAAACACAACUUGAUGUUUCACUCUAAUCAGGGUCAUGUUCAGUAAGACACAAUGGAGCAGCAAUGUAGAAUAUCUCUCUAGUGUGUAAACCUCUCUAUCCAGGGUGUUUGGUAUGAAUAUCUCUCUAGUGUGUAAACCUCUCUAUCCAGGGUGUUUGGUAUGAAUAUCUCUCUAGUGUGUAAACCUCUCUAUCCAGGGUGUUUGGUAUGAAAAAUGUGUAGUAGCAUUACUUUAAAUGAUAGGUGUGUACAAUCGUGUUACUCUGGUUGUAUAAAUGGUUGUUUUCACAUAAAUCUGUACGUAAUUCACCACGGCUGUCCACAUCUCGUGUUACUCUGGUUGUGUAAAUGGCUGUUUUCACAUAACUCUGUACCUAAUUCACCACGGCUGUGCACAUCUUGUCUGUUCCGAACAAAGUCUCUCCUCAUCCUCUAUUCUAAGAACCAACAGUUCUUGGUUCUCGUAAGAGAACACAGAGGAUUCUGAAUAGUUGGCCACCUCAUCCACUAGAUAUGUGUUGGUUCGACACAUUGAGUCAGUUGUGGUGGAACCAGCCAUGACUAAGCAUUAAUAGGUUUACUAUAUGAGACCUCUGUUGGUUUCUGUAUGUCAGAGCUCUUGGCCCAACACUCAAGAGUGUGGUGUCGACCAGCCUCAUUAUUGCAGGGCUCUCAACGAAUCACUUAUGGGUGCAGUGAUUCAGGGCAGGUGGAGCUGUUAUGAGCCCCAAAUCUUUACCAACAUAAAUCAAAUCCCACCCAAAAAUGGUGGCUUGCUUGUUUUGCAUGUUAUUUUGGCAUUAAUAUGUGACACACAUCAGUUUGCAAACAAUGUAAUUUUUUAUAAUAUAUGUAUCAUUGAAUUAAUAAAGCUCUAUAGAAACAUG